GAAAAAACCAACAAAACUGACACUUUGGGAGGAUUUCAUUGAUCAUGAGGGAGUUAAACUUUUCAACGAACUUCAUGAUUACCCGAUCAUUCUUGCUAGGAGAAUUGGGAAAUCAUCUUCAGGAACGUCGAAUAGAUUCGUUGGUUUGACGAGCAAAUUCAAUACAACAAUUGAAAUCAAUCCUCCAUAUCCACAGGUUGCCGAAUUAAGGACGUGGAUCAAAACAAUUGAAACAAAGCUUGUUGCUUAUAAGAUGAAAAGUACAACUCCAAUAGGCUCUAUUAUGUUGAUUCCAUUUGAGGAUGAGGUUAUAUCUGUGGCUAACAUCCAAGCACAACCUCCGGGACAAGUAUUUAAUGUUGAGGCUGAAUUGUCCCUUGCAAGUAAGGAUCAACGCUUUAGUGUGUUGGCAUGCACAAAUUGUAAGCAAUUGUUCACGAGAUAUAACGUCCGAAGGGAAAUCUACUGCACAAGUUGUCACCAAUCCACACAUCUUAUUCCUAGAUGUCAAUUUGAAGUUACUAUUAAGGACAACAGCGGUUUUGCAACAGCUAUUGUUUCGGAUGAAAUUGCAGAGAAAAUGUUGCACCUCACUUCAGAAGAGAUUUAUGAAAUUUGUUUCAUCAAGAAAGAAACAUUAUCGAUCCAAAAUGUGGAAGAUCAAUUGAACGGCAAGAUAUUCAACAUUCAAAUGAAAAGGCUAUUCACAAAAAAAAUGGAUGCAACACAAAAAUUAUUCAUUUUGUCUUACUUGGAGAAACAAGAUGUAAUUCAUAAACCAAUGACAUCUACGACUGUUAAUGUUACAGAUGCGAAAAAGCGCACAAUUGAACAUCUUAGUUCAGGGGAAAAAGAAUAUCCUAGCAUGGAAAUGAAAAAUCCUCCCAUGAAAAAGAAUUAAAAGUUGGAACACUUUUGUUGUGGUUCUCGAAACGGUCAUUUUUUGCACUCUUUUGAUGCUGCCAUUGAAUGCCGUGUUAUGCAAGCUUCUGAUGUUGCUAUGUGGAUGCCUUGUGUUCCUCUUCUUUUGUGGAAAUUGAAAAUAUUUUCUCCUGUGAUAGCAGGUGAUUUUGAUCAAAGAUGGUCCAGAAGAUCCAAGCAUGAAAAAUGCAUAUAUUUUUGUCUAAUUUAAAAUAGUAUGUAAAUCUAUGUAAUUAGCACUCCCACAUAUGAAAAUGUUAAACUAUGUAAGUAUCUCAGUUCAACAAUCAGUAGUAUGACAUUCACAUGAAUAUGUAAUGAACAAAUU